AUGACCGGAAGUUGGCAAUCGGCUUUUUUCACGAUCGUAGCGUUGUUGUCGGCCGGCAUUGGGUAUGCAGAAAACGUCAUGCCCGCUAUCAAAGACUGUGUAGCGAAUAAAACGUGCUCGAUGCAACCAACAACGGUGACGGCUGCAACGGUGCCGACGACAAAAAAUGUACUCAAAACGACCAUUGUCGAAGGUAUUAGCUCGCAAAUAGUUCAUUAUGAUGUCCCUGGAAGCGAUUCCAAAGGAUCGACACUCAAGGACGUGAUCUUGGUUGAUGACAGAACCAUCAUAUCAGUUGGCAGCGACAAGAUUAACGGUUCUAAAAACGCUACUUCUAGCACUUCAAAUAUGACUGUCAUUGUUAAACCUCCCGUUGAAAAAACUAGUGCAAAGACAACCGAAACAAAUUUUCUAGUAAUAAAUACCACCAAUACUACCAGUGCUACCAUCACCAUCACCGCCGCCACCACCACCGCCAACACCACUGCCAUAACGGAAUUUACUAGCGUCUCACCGCCGAAAUACUUAUCCGAAUACGGUGCCGUCGUACAUUUCGUUCUCAAUAAAUAUUGCCACUGUGAUCUAAUCUACGCCAGCUGCGACAUAAACUGUUGUUGCGACACAGAUUGUACCAAUCACGAUUUAAAGACGUUCACAUUGUGCACCGAUCAACCCAAGUCUACUUUAAUAAAGCAAGAAUCGAUCUUAUUCGAUUCUUUGUUAUUUUACGUAGUGAUUGAAAACGUACCAUCGGAUUAUUUCUAUCCCGAACGAGACACCAUUGAAUCCGAAACGCAAGUCAUAACUUCUCUUCGUAAACGGGACGUGUUUACUUGGCGUAAUGAAAAAACUAUUAGCAGACAUCAUCAUCCUUACACUUUUACACUUAGAGUGGAUUCCUCUGUAUUCAACAACUACGAUCUUACUUACAUGUCUUUACGAUGGAUGUUCAACAUGGUUUCUAAUGUAAAUUAUUCCGAAAUAAAACCAUUCGGAUUGAAAAAUAGCGCUCUCGAUUCGCUGUGCUCCGUUGAACAGCCCGUUGAAUAUUUGAAAACAAAGGAAACAAACUGCAAGACGUUCGUAUCUAAUCUGACGGAAAUUUGUAAUAAUUAUUCAUCGUUAAGCUUCAAAUUUUACUAUGACGAAAAAGGGCUGUUCAAAGUGGUACAACCCAUUUACAAUAGCGUUCACAAGACCGAGAAACUUGGUUUGGUAACCAUCCAAGCGACAGCCCACCACCACUGCGUCUCGGUGAACGGAUCGUCGUAUGACUGUCAGAUUGGGAAAGUUGGGGUAGGUACCAAUGACGAAGACCAUCUGCAUCUUCCGUACUACGAUCCUGUUUACUCGAGCGGUGUUUGUCGUCGGGCAGUCGAUGCGGUCGAGUACUUAGUGACGCACAAUGGAUCUAGAGGCGUCCGCCAUGUAGACGUACACUUUUAUCACCGAGACGUGCCGGAUACGGGCCGUCCCAUCUACUUAGGCCAGAAAUUCAGCGUUCGUUUCAUUUGGGCUACGGUCCGAUCAGUGAAGGAGUCGUACAAACGGAGUGGCAAACCCGGUUACAUUACCGGGAGCCCGGUGUUGGUAACCAUGACCAGCAGCAAAGAUGUAGUGAAACUUCGAAUCCCAAAGACGAUGAACUUACCGAAACCAAACGAGUACGGUGUGUGCGGCGAUGUUCAUUCUACCGGACCCCGACAGUCCGUCAACUUUUUGGAAAGCGUCGACGUCCGGUGUCGCGUUCGAGUCCAACACCGGAGUCUACAAUUAAACAAGAAACUUGAAGAUCAUACCACACCCAGUAGCGGCGUUUCAAUCGUGGACAUUUGUAACGAUAUUCAAAACGAAACGAUGGCGGUGCUCGGAAAUUACGAAGGCGCGCUAGUGGCAAGUCUGGGCGACCCGGACGUGUCCAGGUGGAUACCGUUGGUCGUCGUCAAACCGCCCGCACAACAGUCGCCACCGCUGCCCGAACACCAAUCGUGCCCGGCCGUGACGGACGGCGUGCACAUACAGGUGUUUUACUCGCACGUGGGCCCGUUCGACGGCCCGCAGGCCACCGUUCUGGGCGUGCUGGCCAAUUACAGCGCGUCGGCCGUCGCCGUUGGCGGCGAUCGACCGGCGGUCGCCGAAGUGCCGGUCAGGGUCACCGUGGUGUUCGUGGACCUGACCCGGCCGCCCGUCCGGACGUUCGCCGAACCGCCCACGUACGAGUUCAGGCUGCCCGAAGACUUUUACUAUCCGUUCUGGUCGUCCGGCGCCGGCCGAGCGUCGCGUCCCGUCCUGCACAACGUCUAUUUCGUCGUCGGUUUGCACCUGUUAUUGUCGUGCCUGCACCGCUGCGGGUCGUAAUCGUCGCGCGCGCCCGUUUAGCGCGUGCUGCAGUGGGUACAAUAAGAGACGUCGCUCGAGCGCUUCCUUUGCGGAGGACAAAAAGACAGCCCCUCCUCCCCCCCCCCCAAACAAUCGAUCACGACCAGCGGCUAAACGUUUCAUUUACACUUGCCCACUUGACGUUUAUUCACUUUUUUUCCACACUUAAACAGAUAUUAUAAUAUGUCUACGCGGCGUAAUGUUCACGGCGUAGUGUUAUUAUGAUUCGACAAUAAUUUAACCGCAAACCUUUUCCCAUUUUAGUAAAUCGGUAUACUCGUAAUUUAUAACGGAAUGCAACUUUAGGGCAUGUUAUACAAAUGACGCAGAGUUCCUACUUCCUAGUUGAGAGUUAAUAACGUUAUUAAAUAUGGAAAGUAAUAACGGCUCAGCAUUUUAAACAGACUUCAUACUUGAAAACUUAAUGUUGUUCGUUUGUGCGAUCAUCCUGGCUUUAGGGUUCAUUAUUAAUUAGUCUACAAACGUAUCCAAUAAAAGAUUUUGUGUUAAACAAAUAAGAAAUGACAGAACUUUUUUUUAAAAAUUAAUCAUUUGCAAAGAAAUGGCAAUACUUCUCGAAUUCCCAUCUAAAACAGUUAAAAAUUUUUUUUCAGCUAGGAAUGCUAGGAUUGAUCAUUGGUGAUAAUUUGGGGAUAAAUACUACACUUGAAUUUUCUAAAUCAUUUUCGGCCACUCAUUUUGUGUAGAUUUUGUCAAAAUAAUAAAAAAGAAACACAAGUUCUUCCAAAUGAAAUUAUUGAAUCUCUAUGAAUUAAAAGAAACUAUAAUGGAGAUAUUGCAAAGAAAAAAAUAGUAAAUUAACAGGAAUUUAUGAAGAAUUUACCUAUAUUUAAUACAGUUCAUUUAUUCCAUGUUGUUGAAAACUUUUCUGUAGAUAUCAUUAGUGACAUUUAUGAAGGCAUAGGAAAUUA